UCCCAGAGGAGUGGAUCGAGCUUUGUCAGCAAAAUAAAUAUUCCAUUAUGGCGGCUGCUCAAUGGAGUGGAAGGUCAUUCAUUUCACGGCCCACUUUUCGACUAUUUUCAAACCUUCAGUCGUCUCCUUAUAUUCCCAAGCCUUCAUACAAACCACUAAAAUAUUGCUGUGUUCAAAGAAGAGGAAUCACACAGAAUAGAUCGUAUUUAUAUGGAGUUGUGCACAAUUGUAAAUCGAGUUUAAAACAUUUAAAUACUCAAAAUGUGAUUAAAUACACGUGCUCGUCAACGUUGCUCGCGAACGAUGCUGUUAGACAGAGUUUACUGCCCAGGACAUUUUUCAAAGGUUUUAGGAAGAAUAAUUCAAAAACGGAAACAAGUUCAUCUAGUACAGGGUCAUCAGGUGAUGAUGGUGAAAAUGAUGAUGGAGAUGAUGGUGAAGAUGUGAUUAUUGAGGAUAAAGUUGGUGAUACAAACACCAGCCCAGAGUAUGGUGCUAUUGCUCCAGUCAUGGUACCUGAGGUCUUCCCUAGAGUACCAUUGCUCUGUGUUCAUCGAAACCCGGUUUUCCCAAGAUUUGUCAAAAUGUUAGAGAUUACUGACAAACGAAUAAUGGAUUUGAUAAGAAGAAAGUGCAAAAUGAAUCAACCAUAUGCUGGUACAUUUCUAAAGAAAGAUGACAAUGAUGAAGCUGAGGUGGUAAUGAGUCUGGAUGAGAUUUAUAAAGUCGGAACAUUUGUACAGAUCACUGAACUUCAUGACACAGGAGACAGAAUAAGAAUGAUUAUAUUAGGACACAGAAGGAUUGCAAUAACGGACAUUAUCACAGAUGAAAGUGAGGCAGAUGAAACAGUUCGAAUGGAAAAACAGGGCGAAUUUGAACAUCUUGAACAAGCACAAGAAGAAACAGCAACUUCCAGUGAACAACUGGAAGAAAACAAAGAUACGAAAACUGAGAGCAACGAUUCUCAAAAUAUUCAAAUGGUCCAUGUUGAAAAUAUUCUUCAUGCCCCAUUUAAACUUACACAAGAAGUGAAAGCUGUUGCAGCGGAGGUCAUCAAGACCAUUCGAGACAUUAUAGCAUUAAACCAACUCUACAAGGAGUCUUUGGCACAGCUUAUUGAAGCAGGGAAGAAGGUGGUUGAUAAUCCAACACACCUUGCUGAUUUUGGUGCUGCGUUAACAAGUGCUGACUCAAAUUUAUUGCAAGAAAUUUUGGAAGAAACUGAGGUCCCGGUGAGGUUGAGAAAAACGCUGGAACUUCUGAAGAAAGAGUAUGCUAUGUGUAUGUUACAGCAAAAAAUCGGCAAAGAGGUGGAAGAAAGGGUGAAUAAAAUACAACGCAAAUACCUUCUGACCGAGCAACUCAAAGUUAUCAAAAGGGAACUCGGUCUUGAGAAGGACGAUAAAGACGCCGUUGCUGAGAAAUUCCGAGAAAGGUUGAAAGAUCGAGAAAUUCCUGAACACGUGAAAGAAGUCAUUGAGGAAGAACUCAGUAAGCUUGGAUUUCUCGAGGCUAACGCGUCAGAAUUUAAUGUAUCUCGGAAUUAUCUCGACUGGUUGACAAGUCUUCCUUGGGGAAUGUUUAGCGAAGAAAAUUUCGAUCUAAAGCGAGCCAGAGAGAUUUUAGAUGAAGACCAUUAUGGAUUGACUGACAUCAAGGAAAGAAUAUUGGAAUUUAUUGCUGUGAGUCAAUUGAAUGGUUCUGUUCAAGGAAAAAUAUUAUGCUUCACCGGACCUCCAGGUGUUGGGAAAACAAGCGUGGCCAAAUCCAUCGCAAGAGCCCUGCAGCGGGAGUAUUUCAGAUUCAGUGUUGGUGGUAUGACAGACGUCGCGGAGAUAAAGGGACACAGACGAACUUACAUCGGUGCGAUGCCUGGGAAGAUUAUUCAGUGCCUGAAGAAAGUGAAGACUGAAAACCCGCUCGUUCUCAUUGACGAGAUUGAUAAGGUAGGUCGGGGUGUCCAGGGAGACCCAGCGUCGGCCCUGCUGGAGUUGCUAGAUCCGGAACAAAAUUCAGGAUUCCUCGAUCAUUACCUUGACGUACCGGUUGAUCUGUCGAAGGUGUUGUUCAUCUGCACAGCAAAUGUUGUCGAUACAAUUCCUGGUCCUUUGAGAGACAGAAUGGAAAUAAUUCCUGUUUCUGGCUAUGUCGAAGAUGAAAAGAAAGCAAUAGCACAGAAAUACUUGAUCCCGAUGGCGCGGGAAACGUCUGGAGUUAAAGAUUUGGAUGUAAAUAUAUCGGACGAAGCUCUCGCGACAUUGAUUAAAUCUUAUUGCCGGGAGAGCGGGGUGAGAAACCUACAGAAACAUAUCGAUAAGAUAUACCGCAAAGGUGCUUUCAAAAUUGUCAAUGAUAACUCGUCCAGGAUCUUGGUUGACACGGCCGACUUACAUGGCUACGUUGGUAAUCCAGUUUUCAACACUGAACGUAUAUAUGACGUCACACCUCCUGGGGUUGUCAUGGGAUUAGCUUGGACAGCUAUGGGCGGUUCGACGCUGUAUAUUGAAACGUCGUUGACGGAAGCGAUCAAUAAAAAAGAUGAGGAGAAGAAUUCACCUUCGCUGGACCUCACUGGACAACUCGGUGAUGUCAUGAGAGAAAGUGCCAAAAUAUCCUACACAUUUAGCAAGGGUUUUAUUUCAAAACAUUUUCCGGAUAACAAGUUCUUCCAACAAGCUUCUAUGCAUCUUCAUGUGCCUGAAGGCGCCACACCCAAAGACGGCCCGUCCGCAGGCUGUACAAUAAUUACGGCGUUACUGUCUCUGGCGCUCGAUACACCCGUACGACAAAACGUUGCGAUGACCGGGGAAGUGUCCCUUACUGGAAAAGUCCUCCCUGUGGGCGGAAUCAAGGAAAAAACGAUAGCGGCAAAACGGUCUAGUGUAGACUGCAUAAUACUACCGGAAGGUAAUCGCAAAGAUUUUGAUGAAUUACAAGAUUUCAUAAAAGAAGGACUUGAAGUUCACUUUGUUGGUGAUUAUAGAGACUUGUUUCAAAUCGUCUUUCCAAGUCAUGCUUUAUAGUGUAGUAUCUAUACACCUCUCCUGAUAACAGUUCUCGAUAGUAAGCUUGCCUCAUGAACAAGGCCUGUUAAAGUGGCUCUACGCACGGCACGGUAUCAUUUUCGGUCGAUUCUGAAUUUCUGUAUCAAUGUCCUAAGGUUUCGAAUCUUAGUUUACACGAUCGAUGGAAAACGAUUUCCAAUUUAUGUAAAUUUACCGCAGUUUCUACAUUUAAGUGAGUUUUAUAGUUGUUUCCUAUCUGAAAACAGAAGUGAAAGCGCUAUGCGAAAACGAUGUCGUGUCCAAUAUCGUGAACAUCAUUCCCUUGGCAUGUGAUUCAUCUGAAGCUGUCCCAGAUGACAAUAUCUUAAGACACUGAUCAUAAUUAUGUGUGACUAACGACCAAAUGAUUUUAUUUGCAAAACUACUGAGUUUAUACUCUAUUGAAAAAGUUACACGAACAAUUUUAAUGCUUUAUACUAUAAACAAUCGAUAUGAACAUAUACAAUAUUUGAAGAGAUGAUGGAAAAGGGCGGAAUACAUGAUUUAGGUAACUGUUGUUGUCUUCUAGGAAUGCAAAUUUAGUAGCGUUUGAACCGCACAGUGAGAGUGGUAAAAUAUUAGGUUACGAGGAACUAUUAUUGUAUUUUU